UACUGAAUUACAGAAUCCACAGAGAGAGAGAGAGAGAGAGAGAGAGAGAGACACACAGUUACAGAGAGAGAGAAAGAAGCGAUCUCAAAACAGCAUCACUCUCUGCUAGACAGUGAACAGAAUAGAGAAGAGAACAGAACAGCGUGAUCGCACAAGCAUUAGACAGAAAGACAAAGAUAUGAGGUUGAUUAGACAGCAGUGAAAUUACCUGAGGGCAAAAUAGAAGAGUGGGAAAAAAAAGAGUGUGGCUUUUAAUCCUCUUGGCAUGCGAGUGUAUUCCUGGCUUUUUGGCAACUGAGUGUGUGAGUGGUCACCCUGUGUGUGAGUGUGUGCUGCAGAGUUUGUCAGUGGUGUUGGGACGCUUUGGACUGGAAUGUAUCUGAGUUAACCGCUGGGGGCUUUUGGGAAGACACAAUGCUGGGAAAGGAUUACAUGCUCGCCAUCAUCAUCGUCAACUAUGACGAUGACAUCUGGAAUGAUCAGAGUCUGGCGAUGGACUCAGAUCUGCCUCCUGGAUGGCGCACCAUACGUGACAGCACUGGCACCUAUUACUGGCACGUGCCCACGGGCGCAACACAGUGGCAGCACCCCUCCUACAGUGCAGAGGAGGAACAAAACACCAUUAACGGCAUCACUGCCAGCCAGAUCAAGACUGCAGCAGAUGGCAGACGGGAAUCAAGAGGCAGACUGACUGAAAACCCUCUGCCGUCUCUGAGCGAAAGGCCCUCCUGGCAGGAAGAGUAUUUCUGUGCCAACAUGGAUCCAGACUCCAAGUGUUUCGCUGUGCGCUCACUCGGCUGGGUUGAGAUCCCUGAGGAGGAACUGACCCCUGGAAAAAGUAGUCUGGCGGUGAACAACUGCAUCCAGCAGCUCUCUCACAGCAAAGCAGAGGGCCGGGACGCAGUGGGCGCCUGGGGAGAGGGUCAGGAUAUGAUGAUGGUCCUCAAGAAGGACACUCUCAGUCUAAUGGACCCUGUGGACCGCAGCCUCAUCCACUGUCAGCCCAUAAUCAACAUCCGUGUAUGGGGGGUGGGCUGCAACAAUGGCAGGGACUUUGCCUUUGUGGCCAGUGAUAAAGACACCUGCAUGCUCAAGUGCCAUGUGUUUCGCUGCAAUGCUCCAGCCAAGACCAUUGCAUCUGCCCUGCAUGAGAUGUGCUCCAAGAUCAUGUCAGAGAAGGCAGCACUGCAGCCCUCUAUGGCCCGUUCUCUCACCAUGGAGAGUAUCUCCCCAGAGGACUUCCCCCGUCAGGUUGACUUCCUGGAAUCAGUGAGGCAAAGGGUGCAGAAGUUUGAGGUGGAGUACAUUGGAAACCUGCCUGUAUCCAGAGCAAUGGGAAUGGAAGUGUUGAACAGAGCUAUCGAGAGCAUCAUGCACUCCAGAGACAGAGAUGAGUGGGAGCCGAUAGUCAUCCAUGUGUCUGAUACAGUUAUGUCUUUGUGGAGAGGAGAGGAUGGAGAUGACCCAUUUUGGGAAAGCCAAGUACGUUACUUGACUUUCCUAGGUGUGGGUCAUGACACACACACUUUCGCAGUCAUAGUGGAAGCAGGAACCCAGCGCUUCGAGUGCCAUGUGUUUUGGUGUGAGCCCGAUGCUGGGAUCCUCUCUGAGGCAGUUCAGGCUGCAUGCAUGGUCCAAUACCAAAAGUGUUUGGUUGCACAAACUCCUCCUGUGAGGUCCAAAAUGUGGCGGGCAGGCUCCAAAGUCAAACGAGCCAACUCCAUGGAUAGCUCCAGCUUCCCGCCUCGGCACCAAGGACACACACCUUCUAAAAUGGCUUCUCCCGGCGUGAAGAAGGGCAUGCUGGCAUUUUUUGAGACAUUCCGGAAUAAACAUUCAGCAGUAUCCACACCCUAACAACAGCAACUCGGUGAGGGGGUUUGAGGAGGGAGAUAUGAGGAGAUGGAGAGAUGGAAGGAGUAAAUUAAACAUUAAGCCUAAAAAAGUUGAAGGAAUAUCAGUAUCCUUUGCCUUUGGCAUUUUUAGAAAAAUCCAACUUAACUUCCCCAGUAUGACCUCACACACACACACACACACACACACACAAACACCUAUUUGCCCUUAAUAAGAGUGUUUUGAGGAUUAAUGUAUCGGAAUGUAGGUGUGCAGAACAGCGUUUAAAUGACAUUGAGGUGCUGUGCUCUCACAUUCCAAAAACUGACAGAACUCCAAAUCCUCUGUAACAUAAAUACUGUUAUAAAACAGUCCACAAAUGUGAUUGGUAAAAGGCUCAUUUUCACCACACAGACCGACAGGGAUUUUCAGGUUGGUCGACGUCUGGCAGUGCAAUGUGAAUUAGAGUACACAUUCUCUUGGACUUUGUAUCACUUCACUUGUCUAUUUGUUCCAGACAGAAUGUCGGUGUAUAUUAGUGGUGGGGAUUUUUCAUUGACUCGUUCUGCAGGCUACACUGUUACGGUAAUAGGUGGUGAGAAGUAAAGAGUGUUUAUGGUACUUCGGUACCAAGUCGGUACUAAAAAAAUUUAAUGUGACGGUACCAGGUUUCUUUACCGGUAGUACCGAGGUCCCGUUCAAACCCAGUUCAGCGCUAUGAAUUCUGCGAAGCAGAAAACGAGGACGGAAUCUCAAAAUCCAGUCACGAAAAUGAAACUUACAUUUUAAUUUUGACAGUCAUGGAAUUUGUCAAAGUUAGCAUAAAUUAAUCAAAUCAAAUCUCCAUAUGGACCAGUAUCUAAAUAUUAAGCAGCAAAAGUUGUUUGAAAUAUGAAUCCGUGUUCUGCGUGUCUCUGUGUGAAUUAAUGAAUGGCAGAGACGUGCAGGUUUGUUUACUACAUAGACUGAAGCGCAUGACGCUUGCAUUAAUUUCAGCAUCUGAGCUUCAGAGUUCUCUCUCAAUCAAGCGAUCUGAACUUUUCAGUUCAUCUCAAUGGACGCACAGCGCACCUGUAUUUGACACUCUGUAAACUCUUUGUGAAGGCGCACAACUCACCGUCGCUUUACUGAUAGCGCUGUUUCUCACACAUGCAAAGAGAGAGAGGGAGAGAGUCUUACCACGCUGAAUCGACACGCUAUAUGUAAACUAUUCUUUGUUGUCUUCUCCUGUCAAAAUAAUGGAGUUCAUUUAGAAUUAUUCAACUUUUUCGAACAAGCAGAAGACAUACCGGUUUCUCCUGUAGUGGGCGGAGCUGACGUGCAAAUGGCAAUUUCAUUGGCUGGCACUGAUUUAGUACCGUCCCUGUUUUGAUUUCAGCAAAUCAGUUUGACCGAACCCAGACAACGUGAUUAAUAUUCAUGAACCCAGCAGCUCAUCAGUUCAUAGUGCAUUGUAUGAAAGUGAAAGUGAAGUGACAUCCAUACUCAGAAUUUGUGCUCUGCAUUUAACCCAUCCGAAAUGCACACACACACAGAGCAGUGAACACACACACACACUGUGAGCACACACCCGGAGCAGUGGGCAGCCAUUUAUGCUGCGGCGCCCGGGGAGCAGUUGGGGGUUGUCGUGGUAUUGAAGGUGGAGAGAGAACUGUACAUGCACUCCCCCCACCCACAAUUCCGUCCGGCCCGGGACUAGAACUCACAACCCUUCGAUUGGGAGUCCUACCCUCUAACCAUUAGGCCACGACUUCCCACAUUAGUAUACACAUUAGUAUGAUAGUAGAAUUAGUAGUAGUAUUAUCUUUUAAUAAUAAUUAAUAUGGUCUAUUACAAUUUUUUUUUUUUACAGAAACCCUCAAUGACCAAAAAUAUCUUAAGUAUCGCCACCAUUCUUAAGUUCAGUCAAAAUGACAAAUAUGCAUUCAUUAGGCCUAAAGGUAAAGGCAUUGUGCUAGAACUAUUACUAUUAUUUAGUAAAAUGUAUGUGAUACUACUACUACUGUUGAAAAAAUUAAUAAAACUUUAUUUUUUAAAGAAAUCAAUCACAAUAUUUCUUCCAUGUUUUAAUUUUAAAAUCAAAUCCCCUUUAUUUACCAAAAAUAAAAUGUGUUUAAAUUUCAUAAAUUAAAAGACAAAUUAAAUUUGGGUGAAACUUGUUUACUGUUUUUCAUAAUUAUAUAACUUGUAGAAGAACUUUAAACACAAUUGUAAACAAGUAUAAAGAAUGGCAUUGGUUUUAUUUUUAGUGCUAAAAAGUUAUUUUUUUUAAUUAGAAUAUUUUUGUGUUUUGCUUUGGUACCAAAAUUGGUACAGAGAACCGUGCAUUUUCACUGGUAUCGGUACCGAAUACUGAAAUUUUGGUACCGUGACAACACUAGGUAUCGCUUUACAAUAAGACCUCAUUAGUUAACCUUAGUUAAUACAUUAACAUUCACAAUAAGCAAUAGCUACAUUUGCUAACAAAGUUAUUAAUCCUUGUAAAAAAAAUAAAAGUCUUAGUCCAUUUUAGCUCAUUAAAUAACACAAUUGCAAUUUUGAUUUUGACAACGUGUUAUUAAAUAUUGGAAUACCUCAGAUUUAUGAAUGUUCAGUUAUAACGAAUUAACUAAUGUUAACUAAUGAAGCCCUAAUGUAAAGUGUGAACGAACAAUAAAGAAUCAAACCACUUUCAAACAAUAUAUAGAGCAUUGUGUAGUCCAGAUAAAAAUGUAAAAAAAUAGUUUUAAAAUAAGUAGCCUAUUAAGUCUAAAUAUUUAAGUAUUUGGCGCUGUGAUGAACACCAUAGCAAAUCCACAAACCUGAAUGGCUAUUUAAAUUAUUUAAAUAUGUUUUAGAAAGUAGCAGCUGUUUUAUUUCCAGGGUAACUGGCUGCAUUAUCUGCAGUUUAGCGCCAUCUGCUGUCAGAGAGUGAAUGUGCUUUCAUUCAGCUCGUCUCUCAUGUGUUCCUCCAUGUGCUCUUCAUGCCUGCUUGUUUACCAUAUUUUUCGGACUACAAGUCGCACCUAAGUAUAAGUCGCAUCAGUCCAAAAAUACGUCAUGAUGAGGAAAAAAACAUAUAUAAGUCGCACCGGACUAUAAGUCGCAUU